AUGAAAGAAAUCUUCGAAGUGGUCCGCAACAAUCUACAAAAGGCGUCGAAGAACCAAGGCAGGUAUUACAAUCUGCGUCGGCGAGAGUGGAGGCCCGCGCUAGGGUCGAUGGCUCUGCUGCGACAGCACCAGCUGUCCAGCGCAGCGGAGGGCUUCGCGGCGAAACUGGCGCCCAAGUUCGACGGCGCCUACAGGGUCGUCCACUUCAUUUCUCCCAACGUGGUGCGGCUCGCUCGAGUGGGCGAACGGAGAAGGAGGGUGGCCAACCUUUCCCAGCUUAAGCCUUUCUACACUGAGGAGGAAGAGACCAGCGGAACGGCGUUGAGGAGGGAAACAGAGGAGGAGGAAGGAUUCGAUCGGCUCAAAUCAAACAUGGACGCGCCGCUCGAAGGAUAG